GCGGAAGUCUGCGUGCAGUUUUUUUUUUCUAAGUCGUGUCCCGGAAAUUUGCAGCAAAUAUGUUGACAUUUUGAUAUACAGUACUCCAAGGAGGAUCGUUUACAACCUUUUCCAAGUUAACUCAUCGGCGGUUAUCAUUUUUUGGGAGGCGCAUGAGACAUGGAGGAGCUCUACACUUUAGAAAAAGAGGUAGGACGAGGCAGCUAUGGUGUGGUCUUUGAAGGUCAUAUUGCCAAAACAGGACAAAAGGUGGCAAUCAAGCGUCUACCCUGCAAGGACCCGGAAUGCAUUGAACUCUACCUGCAAGAACUGUGGGCCAUGAGAGCUACAGCCAAGAACCAUGUCAAUGUUAUUGCACUACAUAGCUGCCUCUUGCAGACAGGGCGGAGGAGUUUAAAGCCCUUAAGAAGGGGGAAGCUGCCUUUAGAUCUAGUCGAAAGUGUGUUGAAAGGAAGCAUUGUUCAAGCAAGAGGGUCCCAGUCUAUAAUUCAAAGAAGGACUAGCUCUGUGUCCAGACUUCGAGACAGAACCAACACGCUUCCAUCAAACCUUUCAACGCCACAGAAGCCUUUAAACAGAGCAAAGAAGAGACCGACCCAGAACACGGAUGAGCAAACUGGACCCCUGCACUGCUCGGCCCUGUGGCUGGUGAUGGAGUACUGUGACGGAGGCGACUUGAAUCAGUACAUACUUUCCCGGCCGCCGGACACCUAUAAGAAUCACAGUGUGAUGCAGCAGCUCAGCAGUGCCGUGGCCUUUUUGCAUAACCUCGGCAUAAUCCAUCGAGACUUAAAACCUGACAACGUACUUGUCAGUGUGACACCGAAUGGUCCUAUUUUUAAGGUCGCUGAUUUUGGUCUGAGCAAGAUGAGUGAGGGCUUGGCGGAUGGAAACCCUAUCAGAAAGCACUUCUCUUCAACCUGUGGCUCAGACUUUUACAUGGCUCCAGAAGUUUGGGGUGGACUGAACUAUACAGCUCAGGCAGAUAUCUUCUCGCUAGGUGUGAUGUUCUGGGCUGUCCUGGAGAGAAUCACCUUCCUGGAGGAAGGAACCACGCAGGAACAACUCGGUGCUUAUGUGUGUAAGGGUCGCUGGUUGAUGCCCCUGGGUGAAGCCCUAUGGGAGAACGCGGACCUCCAGCUGUGCAUUCCCGUAAAGCGGAAUAAAUUAGACCCUCCCGGCUCGGCCGUGUGCGGCCUCCUUCUUGACAUGCUCGCCGCAAACCCGGAUUCCCGGCCGACAGCAGACCAGCUGGAGUCCAGAGUGCUCAGCGCUCUGAAAGAGGACUCCCGCUGAGACAAAGCGCUCCUAAUGGCCACAGCCACCACAUGGCAGCAUUGCCUGUGGAGCCAUCUGACUGUGGCGUUUCCUCUGUGAGUAAAUAAUAGUGGAGAUAAGAGGGAAAUGCAGGAGUUCUUCAAACUAUUCAAGGAGAUUGUUCAUAGUGCUUCUGUUAAUCAUUACACCACAGCAUUUCUUUUGUCGUAAGCAUGCAUCUAUUAAAUCAUUAUAGCAUUCCCUGCCCACAUUACAGAAGCUAAUUGUUCCUUUUUUCACCACACUGAAGCAGCGGCCUAUCUGAAGCUUGCAUAAGAGUUUUGGUGUCUACACAAAGCAAAAACUGGAGCAAGGAUUUCUAAUCAAAGUUGGGGCCCUUCUAUGUCAAAGUACCACUGUAUUGUAUUUUCGUGACCAGAAGCACUUUAUUAAAAGGAGCAGUCUCAGUUGCGGGUGCAAUUUCUGUAUUUGACACAUACAUUAGCUGGUCUGUAUUUUUAGGUGCAACAUAUGGUAGCAUGUAUGCACGCUAAAGCGUGAUACGCUAACAUGCAAUAUACGCCAGGAUGCAACCACGCUAGCAUGCAUCCUAGCAUACGUUUUUAAAAAGGCAGCAGGAGUGUAAACACGCUAGCAUGCAUCCUAGUUUACGUUUUUAAAAAGGCAGCAGGAGCAAAACUCAAUUCAGUCUUGCUUAAUUUAAGUACUGCAGUUAACAAUCUACUCAUGUUGCAUUUUGUUUGGCCAAGUCGUCAUCCAACACGUCCCUAUCAUAGUGAUGCCGGUGCUCUGUCGAUUAGUGCCCCCCUUCGAAUUGAUAUCUAAAGCGGCAUGCGUAUGUUAACCACAUCCCCCAAUGGUUAUCAAGGGUCAAAUAUCCGUCGAUUUGAUCAAUCAUUUUGGCUACAACGUCGUUGCUGUUGAUGCUGCGAGUAAUAUUUUUAAAGUACAGGUAGUCCCGGGUUACAAAUGAGUUCCGUUCCUAUGCUGACGACGGAACCCAAAUUUCCGCGUAAGUUCUAAUUAACCCUUUAAAUAGCCCCCUAAAUCGCAAAAUAACUAUCCCAAAACAUGUAUAGUACUGUGCUCGCCUAGACGUUUGAGUCUUAGGUAGAUAGCGAGCCAAGCCCCGAAAUGAUGAUGUCACACGUCCGUGUGCUUUGCUUUUUUAUUCAGCUACCUGUGACAUCAACACUUAGAGAAUGAAACUAAAAUAAAAUGAAAUUAAAUCAGUUUCAUCUCAACAAUUCAAAUGUGCGUUUAUAAAUAGCUGCCGAUACAGCAAUAACAAUCCACUCAAACGAUUGGCAUGUAUCUGUGUCUGCACAUCAUCAAAAACAAUCGCAUUAACUUGCUCCAAGUAUUGACCACAAUUGAAAACACACAAUAAACAGCACAAAAUGUGUUAUAUACAGAUGUUGCCUCUGUGGAUGCUUCACAAACUACAAAUGCGCAUGCAGGCUUGCAGCUGUUAUCUUUUCCCUCCCUCUCUCACCGGCUAUGAAUACAAUGACAAUUAAAUGCGAUUUGAGUGAGAUGCUCUCACUGAAAAGCUUUGUCUAAUAUUGUGUUAAUAUGAUAUGUGGUGUUUGAACUGCAGGGAUUCCCCUACAUUCAACAGAUUGUGGCGCACCGCCACACCAAAAUAAAAGCCGCCACGCCUUUUUUUGAUUAAUUAAUUUAUUUUAAUUUUUUAAAUGCCAUUUCAAACUAGCGGCAGCUGACUAUGAAGAGUUCAGCGGCAACGAAUUCAUUGUGUAUUGUAAUGUUCGUAAUGUGUAUUGUACUAUGCGUGGCCCCCUUAAGAGACCAUCGGACUGGUGAGCUGUGACGCAGGGGAAAGUGAGUAGGAAGAAUGGGAGAACGUGCGAUAUCGCAAGAGAUAGCGGUCGCAUGUCGUGUCAGCCCGCUGUUAUUUGUUAUUGUUUUUCUGUAUUAUUGUUGCCACAAUAAAGUGAG